GGCGGGAUACACAGGGCAGGUUUGAAUUCUCUUCCCAAAGAUAAACAAGACGCUAGCAAGGUUCCUCUGCACAUUGUCGAGAAGAUGGCUCAAAAUAUCGCACCGGGAGCAGUUACGGCAUCAAGUUCCACGAAGAAUAACAGCGAGAGAGCCAUCGCGGGCAGAGACUCGCACUCCGUUAGUAAAAGGCUGCAACAUGAGCUGAUGACACUGAUGUUGUCCAUGGACAAAGGAAUCUCUGCGUUCCCUGAAGGAGACAAUUUGUUCAAGUGGAUCGGUACCAUCACGGGACCAGCCUUAACAGUUUAUGACGGGCUAACAUACAGAUUGUCAUUUGAGUUCCCAAGCAGCUACCCUUAUUCAGCCCCAACUGUCAAGUUUGUAACAUCCUGUUUUCACCCAAAUGUUGAUCUGCAUGGAAACAUCUGCCUAGACAUUUUAAAAGAAAAGUGGUCGGCAUCUUAUGAUGUGCGGUCCAUUCUUCUCUCGAUUCAGUCAUUACUCGGAGAACCAAAUAAUGAUAGUCCCCUUAAUGGCCAUGCAGCUGAACUAUGGGCUAACCAGAUAGCAUACAAGAAACAUCUCAUAGAACAUUACAAGAAGGCAAAUGGAGAGUCCUAGUUAGCCCAACUUGACAUAGUAUUUAAAUUUGAAUAUUUAUUACUCCCAUACAUUUUGUGGUUGUGUGUGUGUGUGCAUUUUGAUAUUUA